AGUUUGCAAGCGCAGACGACGACAAAGCGCCCGGUGACCGUCAUUUCAUCGCGGAGAUAAAAGAGAAAUGUCGUUUAUCAAAGAGUUUGUCAGAGAGCGCCUGAUGGCGGUCGCUGAUGAAAUAUUCCAGAUGUUCGAAACGACUAUUACGUCGUACGAGGAGGAACUUUCGCGAACGAGAGAGGAGAACAAGCUACAACGACAGCAAUUGGAAGCUGUCGGCAAGACAUACAACGCGAUGCCACGCAAAGAUGAUCAGCGGCUGAUGGGUCGUUAUGAAAAACACUCCCUUCGGCCGCAGGGAGGGGGCUCCACCUUGGAGCAGGAGGCUGCCCAGCCCCCCCAUGUUAAAGAGGAAGAGGAGGAGCUCUGGAUCACGCAGGAAGGAGAUUGCCUUCGAGGGCCGGAGGAGGCCGAUCUCACCAAGUUGCCGCUGACCGUCGUCUCUGUGAAGGCCGAAGACGACGAAGAAGAGCCUGAAGCGGACAACCUCCUGGCGCCGCUGUCAGAUAGCGAGGCCGAAGACCGGACCGACGACCCCUUGAGCAGCGACGCAGACUGCGAAGGCGAUGUGCCGGCUCGCACUGACAUCGAAGACUCUGAAUGCUCGAAAACGCUGACAGGAGAAAAACCCUUUUGUUGCUCAGUUUGUGGGAAAAGGUUUUCUUUCAAGGUGAACAUGGUAACACACAUGCGGACGCACACCGGGGAGAAACCUUUCAGCUGUUCGGUUUGUGGUAAACGCUUCUCUCAAAAGGUCACGCUGGUGUCCCACAUGAGGACCCACACGGGUGAAAUGCCUUUCAUGUGCUCGGUAUGUGGCGAAAGCUUUUCGUACAAGCGCAAUCUGAGUCGACACAUGCGUGCGCACACGGGAGAGAAGCCUUUCAGUUGCUCAGUUUGCGGGAAAAGCUUUUCUCAAAAGGUCACAAUGGUAUUGCACCUGAGAACGCACACUGGAGAAAAACCUUUCAGUUGCUCGGUGUGCGGCGAAAGCUUUUCUUGCAAGAGCAACUUGAGCGGACACAUGCAGACGCACACGGGGGAAAAACCCUUCAGGUGUUCCGUUUGUGAUAAAAGAUUCUCCCGCAAAACAAGCAUGGUAUUGCACAUGAGGACGCACACGGGAGAAAAACCUUACAGCUGUUCAGUUUGCGACAAACGAUUCCCUCAAAAGAUAACACUGGUGACGCACAUGAGGACGCACACCGGAGAAAAACCUUUUAGUUGUUCAGUUUGUGACGAAAGCUUCUCUCACAAGUACAGCCUGAAUCUACACAUGCACAAACACGCCGGGGACGAACACGUUACUUCCUCGGACUGUGAGGGAAAGGUCUCCCCGAGGUCGCGGUUUACAGCGGCAGCAGAGAAACCCUUCUCCUGCUCGGUUUGCGACGAGAGCUUUUCUCACGGAAGCGCACUGACGCGACACAUGCGGACGCACAGCGGAGAAAAACCCUUUGGUUGCUCGGAUUGUGGGUUAACCUUCUUCCGGAAGUCCAGCAUGGUCUUACACAUGCGGACGCACACGGGGGAGAAGCCAUUUAGCUGCUCGGUGUGCGGUGCCAGCUUCGCUCAGAGGUCCACUUUGAACACACACAUGAGAAGACACACGGGAGAAAAACCUUUCAGCUGUUCGGUGUGCGGGGAUAAGUUUGCUCAGAGGUCCACUUUGAACACGCACAUGAAGAGACACACGGGUAAAAACCCUUUUAGCUGUCCGAUUUGCGGGGAGGGCUUUGCCCGGAAGUCCUUUAUGACGGCACACAUGCAGACGCACGAAGCAGAAUAAGCAUUUCCGGUCUCUGCAAGCUUAGUCGUGGCCACAAAGUGACAGCGUCCUGAUCCCCCCCCCCUUUUGCGGGGUGAAUAAAUAAAGACCCCCGCUGUUUAAAAUAGAACAGCAUGAACGUUUGAGCCAAUUGCAGUAAGGGGUGGGGCGGCCACGUGCAGCGAACUGCUGCCAUCUUCGGUCGGAUCAGUGGAAGUACAAGGAAUGUUGGAAGACUUGGAAUGUUUUAGUAAGAAUUAAACAAAAAGUAAUGCUGUGAAAUGUCUUUGUUUAUUAGGAAAAUUCCAUAUUCACAAAUCCAGAGUCAUGUCAUGCAAGCCAAAUAUUCACCGGUUUUCUUCUGAACUGAAAAUAUUAUAUGAAUCAGUGAAACUGAUAUUCAAAAACAGAAAAGCACUGAAAACCUUUCAUACAUUGGAAAACGUUCUAAAAACAAUUCAUAUGAAGAACAAGCUUAAGUCACAUGUUUUCUAUUUUCAUUUUGUUGUUCUUAUUUUUAAGCAAUGUCCCUCGCACAUUCCUUUUAUUUAAAAAAAAACUUUAAUUUUAAAAAUUUAAAUUUAUAUAUUUUAUUUAUGUUGAUAUUGUUCUGUAGAAUUGCACUUUUAUGUUCCUGUAAUUCUGCUUAUAUUGUUACUGUUUUGU